GGCCAAAACCGCAUCUUGGCCAAGCGGUUUCAGGUCUGACCUACAAAAACCGCUUGGCCGAGGUGCGGUUUUGGCUGGCCUAGCAAAACUGCACCUUGGAGAUGCGGUUUGUUUCUCCAAAACAAAACCGCAUCCCCAAGGUGCGGUUUUGCCACACAAACCGCACCCCCAAGUGCAGUUUGUGUGUCAAUUGUUUUCCGACACCAGACAAGCAGCCAUGAAGAUUCACAGACAUGGGGCUGCAUGGCAGAUGAAAAACGCAACUCUAAGGUGCGGUUUCAUUGAUGAUUUUGCCUAUAAAAGGCAGCCGGGGAAUCUUCUUCUCUUCACACCUCUCCUUCUCCCUUUUCAAUUUUCUAUUGUAGCUCCAUAUUUCUCUAAUGUUUUUGCGGUUAACGUUAACUCGCAAGUUUUUUUUGUAUUACUUUUUAUUGUGAUUUGUGAUUUUUAUGAUAUUAGUUGAACUAUUGUUUUUUUUUUUUUUUUGCAGAUGCCAUUCCAAAAGUUCACGCUUGGGUUACGGUGGAAUGGUUACACGGAAGAGAGCGGAAAGGGGGUCACCUACGUUGGUGGCAAUUUUCAGAAAAUAAAGGUCGCUACCAGACCGAUGCUUGAAGACCUCUAUCUAAUGUGUACUAACGUUACUUGCAUGGAUGGCACGAGAAGAGUUGAUCGUAUGGUGUACCGAUAUCCAAACAGAGAAGGCGGAUCGUUGUGGCACGAGGAAUAUCUCAUAACCACUCAGGAUGAGGUAGAUGCCAUGCUCGAAUUCUUGAGGUCCAACAAACUUUCCAAAGCCGAGAUGUUCGUUUACACCGAGCCGGUCGUAGGUGUUGGAGGUCAUUCUGGAGACGGUCAAACAUCUGGUAUCCAUGGUGGAGGUGAAUUAUAUGGAGAUCAUCCCUACCAAAGUUACCAUUAUCCUCAUUCCUAUUUUCAGUACCAAGAGCAAGGUGAAGGUCAUCAUCAAUCUUACCCGUCAUAUGAAGAAGAAGUUCAACCGGAUCAUGCCAACCAACCCCAAUACAACUUCCAAUCAGGCAGUGCUAGUUUUCACAACUACCAUUAUGGAGCUGAUGAAGGUGUCUUUCAUGAGCUGGAUCAGAUGGAAAAUGCCCUGCCAGCACCAGUCAGUGACCCCUCCGAUGAAGAAAGAGAGAACAAUGUCAGUGCAGACAGCUCCGACCCUCUUAAAGGUGCUGAUGAUUCAGGACCGGAGUCAGACUCAGAUAAUGAUGAUGAGGUGGCUCAUGACCGUGUACCAGUCCCCUACUACAAUCACAAUCCAGACGGAGAUUGGAUAGUCGACAACGACAUGGAACCGCCGGAGGUUCCAAUAUGGGGUCCACUCACUAAGUUUAUGAAGGGCCAACAAUUUGGCUCGAAGAAGGAGGUGCGGCACGCCAUUGAUACUGAAGCAAUGACUCGCCAUUUAGAAUGGCACACAACUCAUUCCAACACGAAAAGGCUCAUAGUCAGAUGCCGUAAUCAUAACGAGGGAUGCAAUGUUAGGAUCCGGGCCAUCAACAGCAAAAGACACGGCCAUUGGGUCAUAUCCCGUGCGGUGAACACACACACAUGUGUGUCAUCCAUAACAUCCCAAGGCCAUCGGCAGUUGAAAUCCAGGGUGGUUGCUGUGGCUAUCAAGCAUCUGAUUGAGCAAGAUCCUGACCUGAAGGUGAAAGUCAUAAUCGCUGACAUUGCAAAAAGCUCUGGCCGCGGUAUAUGGUGAUUGGGAAGAAUCAUAUGCGUUCCUUCCCAGGUUGAUUUUGGCACUGGAGGCAUCUAACCCUGGCACUAUUUUCUCCCCUCGAUACCAAGAUGAAGAGGUACAACCGCUAGAGCCAGGUAACAAAUGCCAUUUCAGACGAGUUUUUUGGGCAUUCAAGCCAUCUAUUGAUGGUUUCGGCUUCUGUGUCCCUGUGAUCCAAGUGGAUGGUACAUUCCUUACCGGAAAGUACAAGGGGCACUCUAAUGAUUGCCAGUGGGGCGGAUGCAAACAAACAAGUCUUUCCGUUAGCCUUAGCCAUUGUUGAGGGAGAGAAUACUGAUAGCUAUGGAUGGUUUUUCCGGCAAAUUCAGCUCCAUGUCACUAGGAGGAAGAACCUGACAAUAAUCUCUGAUCGGCAUGCCGGGAUUAGAGCUGCCAUCUUAGGUUUGGAUCCAUCCUGAAAGUGGUCCCAAAGGUGGUGCAUAUGACACUUCAAGAGCAACUGGAACCAUCAUUUCAAGCGAAAGAAGCUUGCUGAUAAUUUGUGGUGGAUUGGUAAGCUCUCUAUUGGUUGUUUCAUUUUGAAGAAGAACAAUAUCAUAUAUCAAAUAAAUGGUACACUUGUUA